AUGGCAUUACCACGCAUCAUUAUCUACGCAAGAUACAACGCGGCAGAGUACAAUGGUAACUUCAUGAUAUAUGUGGAGGAACAAACUAUUUAUCAUAUUGACAACAACCCUCUCGUUGGUGUUGUGCAACUGCCAUGGUCAAUACACUUGUAUGAAUAUAUUAGUUCAUUGGCUUCAGCACAGGAAAAGGAGGAAGAGGAGGAAGAAGAGGACAAUUAUUCAGAAGUAUUUGUAGUGACUCAUUCAUUGAAUGAAUUAUUGGCAGCAGCUAGUAUAAAAUUUGAAAUAACGGCAAAAAGAAUUUUUACAUCACAAGGUGGUGAAAUUGAUGAUAUUAAACUCAUUAGAGAUGAUGAUAUUUUGUAUGUUUCAAAUGGAGAAAAUUUUAUACAUACAAAUAAAAUUUGUAAUCACAAUUUGCUAAAUAAGAAUUCCGAAUGGAUAACAUUGAAUGUUGGAGGAAAAUAUUUUACUACAACUAGGGAUACUUUAACGAAAAAAGAACCUAUGAGUAUGUUAGCAAGAAUGUUUAUAGAAACUGGAAAUGCUGAGCAUGUUAUACAGCCAAGUAGACAAGAUCACCGUGGAGCAUAUCUGAUUGACAGAAGUCCUACUUAUUUUGAACCAUUAUUAAAUUAUCUGAGGCAUGGUCAAAUCAUACUUGAUUCCCAUGUUAAUAUUACGGGAGUUUUGGCAGAAGCUUGUUUUUAUGGCAUUGAAGGUGCUAUUCAAAUUCUAACUACAAUGGUAGAAAAGGAAGAAUUGCAGAAGGAAGGUCUUAUAUCUCUAACUCGUAAAGAUGUACUUAAAGCAAUCAUGUCAACAUCAACUAAUGCAGAACUUAGAUUUCAAGGAGUUGAUUUUGUAAGAGCUGAUCUGUCGAAAUUAGAUCUUAGGAAUAUUAAUUUCAAGUACGCCAUUAUGCAUCACUGUAGUUUAGCAGGUGCUAAUUUGUCAGGAUGCUGUUUUGAGCGCGCUGAUUUAUCCCAUGCCAAUUUGCAAGGCGCACAACUUGUAUGUGUCAAAAUGUCAUGUGCAAAUUUAGCCGCAGCUAAUCUGCAUUCGUGUAAUUUUGAAGAUCCUGGUGGUUUGCCGGCGAAUAUGGAAGGUGUAAAUCUAAAAGGUGCUAAUCUCGAAGGUAGUAAUAUGGCAGCCGUCAAUCUCCGGGUGGCUACAUUAAAGAAUGCUAUUCUUAGGAAUUGCAUUUUGAGAUCAGCUGUUUUAGCUGGUGCUGAUUUAGAGUGUUGUGAUUUAUCUGGUUCCGAUCUGCAGGAUGCAAAUUUACGCGGUGCAAAUUUGAAAGAUGCGGCUUUUGAAUUAAUGUUAACACCAUUGCACAUGUCUCAAACAAUACGAUAACAAUGAAUAUGCUGCACAUAUUAGCGCAGCUUAAAGUAAUGCUGGAGGGAUGAAUGAACUUUAAUAAAAGCGUCCACACAUAUGUA